UCGUGCGGUCGUGCAGUCUCAGAUAAGCCGAUCCUCACAGAAAGAGGCUGCCAAAGCUCUUCUAUGUAGAUUUUUGAGGCUGCUUACAGAUACUGUGAGUCACUGGGCGGGGAAAACCACCAAAAGGGCGAGGCGAUGCCCACAAAGGCCAAUCGGAAAAUACCUUACUGAAGCUAGAGAAGAGCAAUUGACACAAAAACGGUCGUGAUUCCGCAGACUUCCUCAAUCUUUGCAGCGGUUUAUGGUCUUGACUUACGACAGCAAGAACACCCCUGUUACUGCAAGCUGAUUGGCUGAGAUCUGAUAGCUUCUUCCCAAUGACCCACAGUAUUGGGGGUUGGUUCAGUAAAGUGUACACAAAUCUAAUCAGUUAUUUAUAGUCUUCAUUAUCAAUCAGUUAUCGACUCUAUUGAGAAUACAUCAACUUUAAGCAAGCGGUGCUUGUAAAUAUGCGCGCCGGUGUUUUGAUUUGAUUCUUGAAAACAUCAGCAACAAAACUCUCAGCUUGAGUGUUAGGGAAAGGACGUUUAUUCGAAUGUGUGGGGAUUUCAAACAGCUGGGCAGAUUCAACGGAAGUCUGAAAAAACUCAACAAAAGUGAGAGUACUCGGGUAGUGCACCAACUAGAGGAUCAUGUAGAGAUCAUCUUGAGUAAUGUGUGCUUGUAAAAAAGGAUUCAUUGUGUGUGAAAUAUUGAGCAAGGAUUGGGUCACACAUGAAGAAAGUUGAAAUAAGUCAAAAGAAAAGCUGCAUGUCCUGAUGACUCCCCCUUAACAAGAGCUUCCAGGAUGCUAAAUCAUCACUGUCGAAGGAACCCGGAGCUGCAAGAGGAACUGCAAAUUCAGGCCGCUGUUGCAGCAGGGGAUGUUCAUACCGUGCGCAAAAUGCUGGAACAGGGGUACUCCCCGAAUGGACGUGAUGCCAAUGGCUGGACUUUGCUUCACUUUUCAGCAGCAAGAGGCAAGGAGAGAUGUGUCCGAGUCUUUCUGGAACAUGGAGCUGAUCCCACAGUGAAAGACUUAAUUGGUGGCUUCACAGCCCUGCAUUAUGCCGCCAUGCAUGGCCGGGCACGGAUUGCACGUUUGAUGUUGGAAUCCGAGUACCGAAGUGACAUUAUCAAUGCCAAGAGCAAUGAUGGGUGGACUCCCCUCCAUGUGGCAGCACACUACGGCAGGGACUCGUUUGUCAAGCUCCUGCUGGAGUUCAAGGCUGAGGUCGAUCCGCUGAGUGACAAAGGCACCACUCCACUUCAGCUGGCCAUUAUCAGGGAGCGCUCCAGCUGCGUGAAAAUCCUCUUGGACCACAACGCUAACAUUGACAUCCAGAAUGGCUUCCUGCUGCGCUACGCUGUGAUCAAAGGCAACCACUCAUACUGCCGCAUGUUCCUCCAGAGAGGGGCCGACACCAACCUGGGCCGCCUGGAGGACGGGCAGACACCUCUGCAUUUGUCUGCUCUGCGGGACGAUGUGCUCUGUGCUCGGAUGUUGCACACCUAUGGCGCAGAUACAACUACCAGAAACUAUGAGGGACAGACACCACUUGCGGUGUCUGGGAGCAUGUCUGGAGCUAGCCGGCCUUGUCUUGAUUUCCUGCAAGAAGUCACAA